CCAAAAGUGGCCAAAUCAAAGGGUCGAAAAUCCGAUCCGAAUCAUUCGCAUCACUUCGAAGGGCCGUUGAUUGUCGGAGGUCUACCACCAGCCAUAAUGCCCACGGAUGCACCGAAAGCACCGAAUCCGUACGGUUAUGAUCCGUUGGCUGCGGUGACACCGCUCGGCCAUAAGCAACUUCCGUCUGCGUAUCGCCGAACUGCUGAUGUGAGUUUGGGUUUAUUUGAGAUGGCGCAGUGA